GGCGACACGAAAGACGGUCCUUGGAAAGACCCUUUCAAUCAAUCGGCCCCAUCUCGUCAUGCAACAGGCCCCGGAAAUAGGUUUUCAUAAGAAUGGCUUCAUUCAAUCAAGCAACAGCUCAGCCAAAUAACCCUGUAUCAGGAAGAAACAGGAUGGCGACUUCAAGCCCAAGAAAAGUACUUUUUCGAUCACCAGUUUCUGUAGAGGAUAUACGGUCCACUGAUGUGCAGAUGGAUAGGCUGGAAGUUGAACAACUAACGGAGACCUGUCUUAAAAAGGUCCAGGGAGAGGUUAUUGAGCAGAGACUGAACGACCUUCGGAAGAAGCUGACUUGGCUGUCUGAGACUGACUGGAAGUACAGGAGACCGGAGGAAUUAAUUGGCCUUGAGAAAUGAGCUCAUUCACCGACAUCGUUGACAAUGUCUUCUUCUUCUUCAGGGUAGACCUGUGUCCUUCACACUUGAAGAUUACUACAGGCGAUUCGUGUGUCUGGUGCUUGUGCUAGACGGUGCAGUUGAGCAAAAAUAAAAUCACAAGUGCAAGUAAAAGCAAUGGCUGGCAUUUUUUUUUAUAGGCUGCCUGCAUCACCAUCAGUCUCUGCCGGAAGGACUCGACUGACGGGGCGGAAAUUACGUCAUUGAGAAUGUCAUUCACGAUUCAAGAUGCCCUAGAUACGUAGGUUUUUAUCUUGAAGACCAUCCUUGUCUGUGGGGAGGCAAAGAUUUGGGAAUGAAAACUUAAUGAGCAGGUAGGCGCUUGGAAUGUUGAAUGAGAUCAAAGAGUCUGCCCGCCUGUUGUAUGUUAAAAUGCUAGGAGAAACAAGUUUUUCUGUACACGUGUCAUUGACACCGACAUUGAGUGUGUCAUUGAGAUGACAGAAGGUCAAUUCCUGUUAUCUUUUGGGAUUGAAAGGAAGAUGGUGAAUUGUUUAGAAAGUUGAAUUAAAAGGAAAUUGUCAUUUUGUUUAAAGAGUUAAAAAGAAGGAUUAACACAAAAAAAUGACAAUUUCUUUGAAAUUGGACAUUCCAGAGAAGAAAUGGUUAUGUGUGAUGCCAUUGAUGAUGUCAUUAAUGAUGUCAUUGACAUGGAGUUUUAUAGGGUUGAUUGAAGGCUUUACAAGUAUCUUUUGGGAUUGAAAGGAAGAUGGAGAAUUGUUUAGAAAGUUGAAUUAAAAGGAAAUUGUCUGAUUUUGUUAAAGAGUUAAAAGAAAGAUUAACAAAAAAAUGACAAUUUCUUUGAAAUUGGAUGUUCCAGAGAAGAAAUGGUUGUGUGAUGCCAUUGAUGAUGUCAUUGACAUGGAGUUUCAUAGGAUUGAUUGAAGGCUUUGCAUGUAGAUAAUACACUUAAGUAUGAUGUAGGUGUGAAAUAAAGAGUGGAAUUGAUUUAUCCUUGAUGGGAUCUCCGGUAGAAUAUAGGGGAACAUGAGCAAGAAAGAAACACAAAAGGCGAUGUCAGAUUUGUUCCCAUAAUGUGAAAAGGUCUUGCAUCAAUUGCAAAAUAGCCCUUUAAAGGUCAAGUCCACCCCAACAAAAAGUUGAUUUGAAUAAAAAGAGAAAAAUCCAACAAGCAUAACACUGAUUUUUGUGAGGAACAAGAUGUACAGGUAUCGUGAAGCCAUCGAUAAUGCAUCCAUGUUGAAAUGAACAGGAUAAGAAAAAAAAAAAGAACCACCGAACAGAAGCUCCGAACCUACCCGUCAACCCUGAUUGAUAUGGUGGUCAUUAUUUUGAAUUUUGUUUAUAUUUGGGUUUAAAGGUGGGUAAUGGUAUUCUGGUAAUAAUGCUUCAUUAUAUUCCUCAUAUAUGUACUUGAAAUGUUGCUGUUCAAUUGGUGAACAGUUAAUCAUUUUUAGAGGUGUUGGGACUCGGUGGUUAACUGUUUAAACCACAAGGUCUGGGUUUCAAAUCCCUCCACAUUCAUUUCAUUUGGCAAGGCAUCGUUCAUCUACAUUUGCCACUCUCCACCCAGGUGUAGUAAAUGGGUACCUGGUAGGAAGGAAUUUCUUGAAUGCUCACUCAAGCUCCUGAUCAGGGUAAUAGUACUAUGCAGUGCUUCGAAAUGUUGUUGCAUAUUGUUAUCAUCAUAAAUUCUCAUCAAACACAAUGUGGGUUUUCUACUGUUUGCUACAUCUUUGAAGUUUGAACUACUAUAGCCACAAUGAAAUUUAUCUGGUGACUGGUGUAUGCGCAAACUGAAAGCGUAUAACGUCGUAAUACACCUUCAGACCUGCCAACCAGUACGUUGUAGCCGUAUUAAGUAUGUUUUUGCAACCAAAAUACGUAAAAUACGUUUUUAAACUAAAUCGUAAUUUUUUUAGAAAAAUAAUCUCUAUAUGUCUCUAUUUCAUAAAACGUGCACAAAUAUGGUUAUUAGAUCAAUGUAAUUUCAGGUAACUUGUUUUUUUUUCAAUCAUUUUGUUCAAACCAGGGUGAAGAUAUACUCAUGUUUUAAUGUUUAUUUUUUUCAUCUGCAAGAGCAGUGCGCAUUUUAGCUUGCAUGCAGCUUGAGCGCCGCGAUGAGCGAGUGCGCCAAGCAUUUUAUUAUGAAAUACACUUUUUUGGGAAAAAUACAGUUUUUUUUAUCACAGAAUACAGUUUUUCAUUCCCAGAGGUUGGCAGGUCUGCACCUUGGUAAAAGUGUGUUGGACUAUGUAUUAUCACAGCUUUUCGGAGAUGAAAAUUUGUUGUGCUAUGAACUGUAUGAACCAAAUGUGUACUUAACAAAUAAGCAUGCAUUCCCAAGACGGGGGAUUCCUUGAAGGAAAUACAUGCAUGCACUAAAGUAACCAAAAGGGGCACAUGUCUGGGACAGAUUAAACUUAUUAGUUUUGUCCCUGAAAUGCCAUAUGAUUCAAAAUUACUUGCAUUUUUCAGAGAAAAAUUGUUUCUGAAGUGAAAUAUAUUAAAAGCAAACAAUCACUUUCCAGUUUAGACAAUCAACCACAACUAUGGAAAGCCAGCAACUGCCACAUCUGAAAUGCAUGUUUGUUCACAAUGUUUUCUUGAUAUGUAUAUUCAUCGUUUCAUAGCAAUUUGGUGUUUUGCCUUUGUUAACAAAGGACAAUUUGCAAAAUUCCUUUACAAAAAGUUAUGACACUGAUGGAUUUCCAUUGUAAGACGGGGCCCUGAUAUCUGUAAUAUACAUACAGGAACUACCAGUUUCAGACGAAAACAAGUAUGGGGGUGUAAUAAUUAUUAUUUAUCUAUAUAAAAACAGAAAUAUAUGAAACUGUUAAUCUACAAAUUUGUGAAUGUACAGAAUUAUUAUUUUUUCAAUAAAAUGUUUAAAAAUAAA